UUGCUGAAUUUAAUGUAGAACAUGCGGAACCAAGAGGUUCUAUAAAUACUGCAAGUAAAACCCUGUCAGAAAACAACAGGCUAUUACAUUUGCCUCUGGACGGGGAACGUGCGAGGCGCAUCAAGGAUUCAUCAAGGCCAGUGUACACACACAUAUCUGAUGCCACUGGUUGUGUCUCUGUUCCUGGUGCUCAACAUGGUGUGGCAGUGCCAUACCGGGGCCUUCCCACCACUCUCAGCAAAGGAAGAAUGUAUGCUGGGCUUGUCAGAACUUAAGCAGAGCAUCCAGAUGCUCGAUCACAAGCUGGUGCUUGGGGAAUGGCAACUGCAAAGCCUGCGAGAGUACAGAUAUUUCCCGCCUCCUAAACUGCGCCAGAUGAUCUCUCCAAAUGAUACAGCCACAUACAAGACAAGUGCUCCACUUUUACCGCUUGGACCUGGGAAUUUACUAGUACAUGAUAAAGAUUGCUCUGAAUUAUAUGACCGACUGCAACCACCAAGUGGCUUCUACAGAAUCAAGCCAAAAGCAACCUCAGACCCAUUUCUGGCGUACUGUGACAUGGACGAUGGUGGGGGGUGGACUGUGUUUCAGAAACGUCGCAAUGGAAAAGUAGACUUCAACAGGGACUGGGCUGCUUACCGUGACGGGUUUGGAAAUUACGAGUUGUGGAACGAUGAGUUUUGGUUGGGGAAUGAAAACAUUCAUUCUGUACUCAUUGGAGAUGACUAUCUGUUGAAGAUUGAUCUGAUGGACUGGAAUGGGGAGACAAAGUACGCCAUCUAUGACAACUUUAAAAUAUCUGAUGAAGAGGACCAGUACAGGCUGAGUGUGGGUGUGUGCAGUGGCCAGGCGGGAGACGGGCUCUCCGGUGGAAGCAACAUGGUGGAGCAGUGGUCAGCCUCGCUCGACGGCAUGCAGUUUACCACCAGAGACCAGGACAACGACCGCUACAAGCAGGGCAACUGUGCCGAGGAGAACAUGGGCGGCUGGUGGUACAACAGGUGUCACGCUGCCAACCUGAAUGGAAAGUUCUACAGAGGAGGCGAGUACAAGGGCGAAAAUGACAAUGGCGUAGUGUGGGGUACCUGGAGAGGGCUGUGGUACUCCCUUAGACACACCACCAUGAAGGUGAGACCACAGCACGCCAUGGACGGCCUGGGAAGUGGAGCUGAGCCAGAGGGCUUGUCGGCUGUGUAGGAUCCCUUUUUGCUCAGCAAUACAAGAAAGGUUCACACAGAAAAACAUCAUUUUUGUUGUCUUUCUUCAUUCGCUGUUAAAUAAGCUGGAACCACAGUUUUUUUGUAGUAUAGUGCAUAGUUUAUUUUCCAUCUUUAGUACAUGUCGGUACAGUGAUAAGAUUGUUCUUGCAUGCCAUUUUACUGGGGCUUGUGAUGGCUAGAUUGAACCAAUGAGUAAUAUCCUACAUUACAUUCAGUACAAUGAUAAUAAAACCAGCAUUUAAAUUUG